UCCCCCGCCUCCUCAGCAGUAUUUGCAUACAGAGAAGCAGAGCACCUCCCUCAGCAUUUCGGUCUUCUUUUCCAUGGAAUAACUCCUCUAACCGGACUUUCCUCUCCAGUUUGCCCAGCAGAGAAGGAAGUUCAACUGGGGUGGUUAAACUCUCACACGCACACAGGAAAACAACCCGAGGAACUAGCGUGGUUUUGUGACUUAGGCUACUUAUUUGAGAAUUUGACUUCCAACUUUCUGCGGUUGUUGUUGUUUUUUUCUUUCUCUCUCUCGGUUUUUGUGGGGGGUCUAUAAGAGCUGACCCACUCCGCCGAUCCAUCAAGAUGUCUGUCCACACGACCCAGAAAAGGACGACGACCUACCGGACCGUGAACGUAGCCUCUCCGGAGCCGGUGACCAGCACGGUGAUCUCCUCCGGGUCGGCGUCCCCGAUGCCGUACGCGAUGAACGGCAACUAUGAGACGAUGCGGUACCUGGUCCCGGUGCAGCAGGCCGUGCAGCAGCAGCAGCAGUCCUACAUCCCAGUGCAGCAGCAGUCCUACAUCCCGGUGCAGCAGCAGCAGGCCUACUACGUGAUCCAGCAGCCUAACGUCGUGAUGCAGCAGCCCAUCAUGCAGCAGAUGGUGUCCCCGGUGUACCUGCAGAGCAUGUCACACCUGAGCGUCAGCAGCCAGGACUCCGCCGACCUGAUGUACCAGCAGCAGAGCACCAUGGAGAGCAUCAGCGGGAAGUCUUCAGUGUUCAGCCAGUCAUCCAGUCCUAUCAAGAGCCCUGAGCCAAGUGCUGAGGAGGAGGCAAGGGCACACACACACACACACACACACACACACACACACACACACACACACGAGGAGAAGGAGGAGGAGGAGGAGGAGGAGGAGGAGGAGGAAGAACAGGUGGAGGUGGAAGAGGUGGAGAUUGUCAAUGUCAUACAGCAGAAGCCGCUGAGUAUAGAGAAGAUCUCCAGGACGGAGGUGAAGACCGAGCUGAGGGAAAUUCCCCAGCCGACCAAGUUGGACACACGUUACUUUGGCGAGCUGCUGGCCGAUGUCUACAGGAAGAACUGUGACAUCCACUCCUGCAUCUCCGAGCAUGUGUCCAAGAUCCGUGGACAGAAUCACCAGCUGGAUCCCAGCAAUGACUACAAGGUGAAUAGAGAGGAGGUGGAGGCUUUGCUUCCCAAAGGAGCCAGUGAACUGACUAAACAACAAAUCCGCUACCUGCUGCAGACUCGUCUCACUGCAGAUAAGAGCAUGCGCUUACUGCUGUCCACCUUCAGCAGUCUGAGAGAGGAGCUCCUCCACAUGUCUGAGGACCUGCGGCGUCUGGAGAGUGACAAGGAGUCUUUGGAGAGAGAUCUGAGUUUCAAAGCAGACCAGGCUCGGCAGUAUGACUGCCUUCUGGAGGCCGUCCGAGAAAACAACAGACAGCUCCAGGCGUCUUUGAAGGAAAGCAGCAGCACCCAGCGUUCCCUGGAGAGCCAGCUACUGAGCACCCGAAACAGCGACUCGAGCCGCGACUUCAGGAUCAAAGAGAUGGAGGGGAGGAUGAGAGCGCUGGAGAAGGAGAAUGAGAUACUCCGACAGAAGCUGGCAGGCCAGGGCAGCAGCACCAGCCUGCAUAUCAAGACAGAGGAGUUGUCACGUCAGUACAAAGAUCAGCUCAGCUCUUUGAGACAAGAAAAAGACCAGGAGAUAGAGAGGCUGCGGAACCAGAUAACAACGAUCAGGACAGAGAUCACCACCGAGAAGUCGUCCUCAGACAAGAGUCUUCAGCUGAAAAUCUCAGAGCUGCUCGCCACUUUGCAGCAGCGGCAGACCACCAUCACCCGACAGGAGGAGGAGAUCAGGAAGCUGAUGCAGGAGAGGAACGACGGCUCCAAGAACCAAGUCACCAAGACCAUUAUCACAAAGAGGUACAGGAACCAGUACCCUCUCCUUGGUCUGUUGAGCGACGACUACAACGUCACCUCGCCCGUCAAAGAAGCCAAGACCAUCGUCAUCGAGAAAACUGGGGAGAUGUACAAGCAGGAAAUCAUUACAACCCCUUAAAGACACACUGCUUCUCUCCGACAGGAAUGAUUGAGAAGACCCAGACGUCACCCACCCUCCCAAUUUGCAUGCUCCUCCCCCUCCCCUCCCCUCCCCCUCCCCUCCCUCAUCCUCAGGGCUCCCAGGGUUGGUGGUGGUUUAAAUUUGGAAUCAUUGGUUCAAAUCUUUGGUUUGACCAAAUUGGCCUGGUACCUGUUUUAUUUGGGCUUAAUAUGACAAGGAAACAAAUAUAUGCUAUAGCCAGGAGGUGGUGCAAUGAAUCAUGACAACUGGGAACUGGUUGAGAUUUGAACAGACAGUUUUGUUAAAAAAUCUGAGCCGAGAUGAUUUACUAAUUGGCACGAACAGCCACUUCCUCUACUUUAUCAUCUUUAUAACUGUGUUCUGCUUGAUUAAGUGAAGGUUUAAGUUGAAAACAUGUCAGAUCACAGUUAACCAAGUAAACGUUGACUGUGUACCAAACCCGCUGAUUGGCUGCCCGCCAUACUGCCCGCAGUAGUUGAAACUAAAUAUCAUGUGGAAAUGAUAAAAAUACAAAAUGUGUAUGAAGUGGUUAAAAAUAAAAGUCUAUGCUACUCUAACAUACACUUUUUCAAAUUGUACAUGUAAUCAGUACAUGAUCUGACUAUGUACAAUAACACUAAAACAUGACCUACAAUAUUUUGAUGAAGAAUGUGUUUGGACCAGAUAAAUAAAUGAUUAGCACUCUGCAGUAGGGUUGGGAAAUGACGAUACAUUGCCUGCAAUCAAAUCACUAAACCUGAUUUUGUAAUAUAGUGCAAGACAGUAAUCUGUGAUACAAUACAAUGUAUGUAACUGAAGAGAAGUGGUAGACUAUAUGUGGACAAAUCUAAAAAUCUAGGAGUUUCCUGUAUUUGUUGCCUGCAUGAUGAGGACAUUUCACAAACAACUGUGACAAACGAUGUGAGGCACAAACCAGGAAAAGGCCAAACGGUUCAGAGUUAAACAUUCUGGAGUAAAAGAAAGUUGCAACUUGGUCUCAGUAUCACAGGAGAUUGUAUUGUGAUAUAUAAAUGUAUUGAUUAUUUGUCCCAUCCCUACUUGGCAGCUCAUAAAUUACAGUAAGGCUAAAUUCAAGCCUGGAUGUUGUCUUCCCACGAAUCAAAAGGGGGAUAUCCCAAAAAUGCUUGGAAGAAAGAUAGCUGCCAAACAAAGUGAAAUUGAUGAAGUGUCCCAAAUCUAUACUACAUGCUAAUUCUUAGCAGGUUUUGAGUAUGUAUCCACAUAUA